AUAUGGCUCAAGCAGGCAUUUCAUCCUUCUUUAAACGUAAAAGGGAAUUAGAAGAUGCUGAAGAAAAAGAUAAUCAGACUUGCAAAGUACUGAAGUGCUCAGACAAUUUAGUCCUGAAGAACUGGGAUAUAUCAUCGUCUUGGGAAAAGUGCUUGUCUAAUGAAUUAGCUAAAGACUAUUUUACCUCCCUCACAGAAUAUCUGGCAAAGAUUCGCCUCUCCAAAACCAUCUACCCUGCCCAUGAGGACGUAUUUUCCUGGACUCGAUACUGCAAUCUUGAUGAUGUUAAAGUUGUAAUUCUUGGUCAAGAUCCAUAUCAUGGUCCUAACCAGGCUCAUGGAUUAUCCUUUAGUGUAAAAAUAGGAGUACCUACUCCUCCUAGCCUUAAAAAUAUCUAUAAAGCCAUUGCCAAAGAUGAUGUAGAUGACUUUGAUGAACCAGGACAUGGAUAUCUUGUUGGCUGGGCUAGGCAAGGUGUACUCAUGUUGAAUUCAGUUCUCACUGUUGAAAAAGGUAAAGCCAACUCACACAAGAAUCAAGGCUGGGAGAAGUUAACUGACCAUGUAACUAAGUACAUGGGCUAUCACAUGAAGAAUUGUGUUUUCUUACUGUGGGGCUCCCCUGCAAUAAAAAAGAUGGCUCUUAUCAAUAAGUCAAAGCAUCUUGUUUUGACUUCAGUUCACCCCUCUCCUCUGUCAGCUCACAAAGGAUUCUUUGACUGCAAACACUUCUCUAAAGCAAAUGAGUAUCUCCGCAGGCACGAGAAGGCAACCAUUGACUGGAACAAACUGCCUAAAGAGUAAUAACUAACACUAUUUGCAAGGAUUUAUAACCUGAUAAUGACAUACCUACUGUAUUUGAUAUUGUUUUUUUACUGAGCUGAGAUUCAAUAAACAUUAAAUUUCCUUUGCAUUCAUUCCCUUUUACAUAUGAACCAGAUAUUAAUGUGAAUGCUGAAGAUUUUCUUCUGAAGAAAGAUUUGUGCAAUUUAUUUUUAAAGUGUUAAAACAGUUAAAGAUAAAUCUUUUCAAUUGUA